GGGACGCUGGUUUGUUUUCACGGCACUACUUUGGUGUUCCUCCGAGCGUGGCAAAGUAGUUCUCCAACGAUUCUAGAAUCGCGUAUUUAAACAUUUUCUAGGUUAAAUUCAGAUUAUGUUCUGACAUCCACGAUGUUUGUGGUUGUAUGAACAUUUUUCUGAGGAAGCGAAAAGACGCAGCUGAGUCUAUUUUUUCGAAACCGAUUGCUCUGCUGUCCUUCUUCUUCAUAGACCUCCGCCAUCUUGAGUUUUAACCAUAAUUUCUGAGAGUAGUUAAGUUAUCUGAUCCCUGUUUUGAUGCGUUUUGUGUUUGGACCAGAGUGGAGGCUGCAGGGCUGAAGUUCUUGGUGGAGGACGAUGACUGACACUAAGAAUCAAUGCAACUAAUCGAAGCAGUUUGUGGGUAUGAAGUGGUUGGGAGAAUCCAAAAACAUGGUAGUAAGUGGCAGACGACAUGGAAGCAGGUUCAGUGAACAGCUGGGUAGCCAAACUCGUGCUCAGCAUGCGCGUCCCAGCAAGAGCUCCCUCAGCGGCAGGAGAUGCAGCCACCGUUUUAACGCUGGGCCAUUGGAGGUGGAGAGACGUCAUGUCCCAUCCUCAGGAAUGACAGCCAAGGAACUGUGUGAGAACGAUGAUCUUACCACAGGCCUCAUUCUUGACCCUUACCUUGGGUUUCAAACCCAUAAGAUGAAUACCAGGUUUCGACCACUCAAAGGAAGACAAGAGGAGCUAAAGGAAAUCUUAGAGAGUUUUAAAAAACACAAUGACCUGGAGCAAUCUUUUAGGGCCUUAACAUCUGGAGACUUCUCUAGAAAUCAUUUUCUCCCCAAGACUAAGGCUCAGGAGAAACUUUUCAAGCAGCAUGUAUUUGUUUAUUUACGCAUAUUCGACAGUAAGAGUGGGUUUGAAAUCUUGCCUUGUAACCGGUACUCCUCUGAGCAAAAUGGAGCCAAAAUAGUUGCAACAAAAGAAUGGAAGAGGAAUGAUAAGAUUGAAUAUUUGGUUGGUUGUAUUGCUGAGCUGUCAGCAAGUGAGGAGAACAUGCUUUUGCACCAUGGUGAAAAUGAUUUCAGUGUCAUGUACUCCACUCGCAAAAACUGUGCCCAACUAUGGCUCGGACCUGCCGCUUUUAUUAACCACGAUUGUCGGCCAAAUUGUAAGUUUGUGUCUACGGGUCGAGACACAGCUUGCGUCAAAGCUCUGCGAGACAUUGAACCAGGAGAGGAAAUCUCGUGCUAUUAUGGCGAUGGCUUCUUUGGAGAAAACAAUGAAUUUUGUGAAUGCUACACAUGUGAAAGGCGUGGCACCGGUGCUUUCAAGUCAAAAAUGGGACUCCCUGUAGAAGUCCCAGUUAUUAAUAGUAAAUAUGGCUUGAGGGAGACAGACAUGCGACUGAAUAGAUUAAAGAAGCUGGGGGAAGGGAGUCAGAACUCUGAUAGCCAUUCUGUUGGCUCUCACACAGAUGCAGACACUCAGGAUUCACCAAAAAUACAUUCAACUUCUAGGAGAAGGACAACUGCUAGCAUGAGGCUGACUAAAACCAGGACUCAUGAUGGACAAUCUCUCUCAAGAGUCUACACACCUACCUCACCAUCCAAACAAAGUCACCCUAAUAACAGGGUACCAAAGAGACUGAAAUCAAAACCCUCAAGGCCUUUGCUCACAAACAUAAAAUUACGGAGCCAAAGCAGAGGGGCAGAGGUGAAAGCCUCUGCUAAAGUAUUUACAGGCCCUGCAGUCUGCAAGGAAGUCCCUGUGAAAAAGGAGAAGGACUCUUUUGAAGCUUUUCAUUCAGUGGGUUCUAGAGACUGCUUAACUCAGCACAUUGCGAAGGAAAACAAUCAGCAUUCUUUAAAAUGGUCUGUGGCAUUAGAGACUGGUCAGACUUGCACUUACAGAACUCGAAGGUCAAUCAGGACUUUGCUCAAGGCACAGGACUUUAGUGGCACGAAGACUGAACCAAGCACUUUUGAGCACCAGGACCUGGUGCCCGGUCAAGUAGUCAUUAAAACAGAGCCAGCUGACAUGGAGGAAUACCUAACUCAAGGAAUGAGGUUGAAUGAGCCUGAACCAGACGACCGAUACAUCAGGAGAGUUUCUCACUCACGAAGUCGCCGCUUUACUCAGCUGCAGCCGGACAGGCUAAUAAAGAGUGAGGACCAUUCCUACGAACCUUUCAUUCCAACCUUUCUGUCAGAUACACAAGCGACGAGUGUCAGGGAUUGUGGAGAAACAUUGCUCAGUUUUCCUGAAAGACCAGAACAUCAUCAUGCCAUGACGAACUACGGUAAGCCCAAGAAGGACAAGUCUAAGAGUAGGAGUCAGGGUUUGGACAAGAGGAAGAAGAAGCGUCAGAUCACACGAUAUGAUGCGCUAAUUCUGGAGAACAGCACAGGGAUACCCAAGCUCACCUUGCGUCGACGUAGGGAUAGCAGCAGCAGUAAGUCCAGCAAGCCUAAUGAGGCUCACGUUAACUCCAACGCCAAGAUCAGCAUCAAGCUCAGCAAGGACCACACCAUGGACGCGGGCAGCCCUUACGUAGCCAGAUUGAACAAUGGCUUCAGUCCUGUGACCCACGCAAGCUCCACCAAGCUGAAGAUACAGUUGAAGUGUGAGGACAGUGAGCAUCUGGUCACACCAGCAUGCCUUGACAAGACCAGCUUCCCCAGGAUGAGUUCCUUCGAACUUGGAAAAGAUGAAGCACUGAAUGGUGAUCCUGGGAGUGACCACAUGGACGAGCAGCCUUCAUCUGAGGACGAUGACGAGGACGAAGAGGAUGAUGAUGAUGAUGAUGAUGAUGAUGAUUUCAUCCCACUUCCACCAGCGAAACGUCUCCGACUCAUUGUUGGGAAAGAUUCCAUAGACAUCGAUAUCUCCUCCAGGAGGAGGGAGGGUCGGUCAUUAAGGCUCAGUGCAUAAGCUCUGAGGGUCACCUUUAGAUCCAGUGUGUAUAAUAUUUCCUGUUAUUUCUCUCUUGAAUAUUAAAGGUAUUCACUGAAAAGAAAACAUGAAAAAAACCCUGUGUAAUUAGCUAAAGGAAAGUAAGCUGUAUAUUGUUUAAAUUGUUAAAAUAAUGCAUUUAACGUUUGAUGUUGAGAUGGACAUUAUUAUUUAAAAAAAAAAUGUAAUUUGCUAUUUGCUGAAGUACGAUAUGUAUGUGAUCUCAGUCUGAUGCGAAGACUGUUGUAUGUUAUUUUUAACUGUGCUUUUUUUUUUUUGUUUUGUUAAUCAUUUAGGAAUUCCAUGAUGGGUCUUUUAGCACCAUGUACAUCUUGCUAUUAUAUUCUGGCUUUCCCUAUAGAGCACAUUGAUAUUGGCCCAUGAAGGAAUGUUUUUGUCGUUCCUCCGAACACCCCCACUCCCCCAACACCCCCCACAUACUGAAAAAUAAUUGCUUAAUACUUGACUGACUUUGUCAAGAGCAUAGAUGCUUGCAUACGUGUGCUCAAUAAUCUGAUCGUAAUCAGAUUUCUGCAGUUAUUUCUUUAUUCAAAUUAUUAUGUAAACACCAUACUCUGAUUUAGAAAUCUGAUUAAGAAGUCAGAAAAAGAGAGCUGCCCAUGUGCGAAGCAGUCGGCGUUACCAGCAGCAAUGCCAGGAGAUUUCAGCCCUAAAGAGGUGCUGAAACCAAACACGAAAUAAAGGAUUUAAAUAUUCAACUUUUAGAUGAUGCAUGUUCAUAUUUUCAAAGUAAGUCACGUGAUGAAGUUGGAGUUUUAACGUUAUGUUUGUCACAGCGUCAGUCAGAUGCAAAGCAGAAAUCUGAUUACUGCCUGACACAUGUAGACCUGUUUCCCCAUUAUCUGAUCACUCAAGUGCACAUAAACACAAUCAGAUUACUGACAAAACCUGAUUUUCCACAGUUGUCGGCUUAUUAAGUGCACAUAAACGAUAAGUGAUUUUUUUUACUCUUAUCACUCUUAGACAAAAAGGUGCCAGAAAAAAAACUCCUCUGUGGUUUUUCAAAGAACCUUUGUAAAGUUUAAAGAACAGAGUUUCUAGAAAGGUCCUAUUCAUUGGUCUAAAACCCUUAUAUUAUGUGGUUUGUCAGACUCAUGAAUUUCUUUUCCAAACCUGGUUCUUUAGGGUAAAAGCGGUUCUUCUUUGGCAUAACUUUUUGUGGCUCCUUUCUCUGUAGGCUUUCUCAUAAUGGGAUAACAUUCCAAGUAUUCUGAGAAUGGAAGGAUUAUUUUAAAAAAUGUUUUAAUUAUAUUUUAAUAUACUUUUUACUUCUUUUAAUGAUCAGUUGGACAUUUGACGUUUUACACAAUAGUAAUAGUUUUGCUACUCGAUGCUAUACGCAUCUGCUGUAGAUCACUACAUUUAAGUGUACAGAAAAUAGAGCAUGAUGAUAUUCAUGUAUGUUUUUUUUUUUCUUCAUUGUUACCACAUAGAAAUGGAAACAGCCUUUUAAUGGCAGAGCAUGAUUUAUCAUCAGCUUGGACGAUCGUAUUUUUGUUCUGUAACUCAUCUCUGCAAAUGGGAAAGAUGAGUCCUCGUAGACUCAUAAUAGAAUUUGUUGUUUGUUUUCUGUUUUUAUAGCAGUCCUAGACUUCUUUUAAACACCAGCCAUAAGACAUGGGUUGUAAAAUGUUGCGCCAAUUCGGUCUCAAGCCAAGGAUCUUUUUAAUGAGGAAAUCUGUGGAUUUUUUUUUUUUUUACGUAGAUCAUGGCAGCGUUUUAAUAGUAAAACCACAAAUGUCACUUUUUUAAUCACAGCAUGUAACAUCUGCCAUCAGUAACUGGCUUCAGACUAGACGGGAUACAUUGUAAUGAUCAAUUAUUGUUGAAUGGGAAGAAAAGCUGUUGUCACUUCUCAGAUAGCACAAGAUGCCUUAUGAUGGGCCCGGAAAUAUCAGCCUUUUGGUACUGGCCACACACUUUGUGGCUUUUCUUGUUUAUUUUUUCUUUUCUUCUCAAUGUUACUGGAGUUCUGUCACUUUGUGUAUUCUAUUUUCUGACAGCAAAAGAAACAAAUUGGGAAUCAAUGCUAACCAUAUCAAGUGAGGCUUAGAGAUGAAUGUUAAGCGUUCAUAUCACCAGCAGUUGUGAACUGGAUUAAAUGUCGUCUUCCCUGUAAACAAUUUCCAUUGCACCAGUUCUCCCUGUUAAAACCAUCAAAAAGGUGUGAAUAGCUGUUUAUAAGGGAAUGGGUUGUUCAGUUUAAACAGAAUUUUACAAAGAGGCGAAGGUUGUAUCCGCCACCAUUUAAAACACAUUCUUUUCUUGUUUAACAAUUUUGAAUACUUUGAAAUUAAGAUAAAGUCCCUUUGUGAAAGUAA